AUGAGGACCACCGGGUUUCUCAGCGGCCUGGCGGCGGUGGCUUCAUUGCUGCCGUCUACCUUUGCCCAAACUCUCCCUACUACUUUCACUCAUCCUGGUACCGGCAUUGUUUUCAACACAUGGGGUGCUUCUACUGCCCAGACCCAAGGUGGCUUCAGGCUUGGUAUGGCUCUGCCAUCGAAUGCUCUUACCACCGACGCGAACGAGUUCAUCGGCUACCUAGAAUGCUCCUCGACCAAGAAUGGUGCCAACAGCGGUUGGUGCGGUGUUUCUCUCAGAGGUGCCAUGACCAACAGUCUUCUCAUCACCGCCUGGCCCGCUGACGGAGAAGUCUACACCGCUCUCCAGUUCGCCACGGGUUACGCCAUGCCCAAGAACUACGGAGGUGACGCCAAGAUCACUCAGAUCGCGUCUAGUGUGAACGCUACCCACUUCACCCUUGUCUUCAGGUGCCAGAACUGCUUGUCGUGGGAUCAGGAUGGUGUCACCGGCAGCAUCUCUACCAGCGCACAGGGUACCAUGUUCGGUUGGGUCCAAGCUUUCCCCUCUCCCGGUAACCCGACCUGCCCUACCCAGAUCACUCUCAGCCAACACGACAACGGCAUGGGUCAGUGGUAUGCUGCCUUCGACAGCAACAUCGCCAACCCCUCUUAUACUGCCUGGGCUGCUAAGGCCACCAAGACCGUCACCGGUUCGUGCGCUGGUCCCACCACAACCUCAAUUAUCUCGACUCCGGUCCCUACUGGCGUUUCCUUCGACUACGUUGUCGUUGGUGGCGGUGCCGGUGGUAUUCCUGCUGCUGACAAGCUCAGCGAGUCCGGAAAGAGUGUGCUGCUCAUUGAGAAGGGCUUUGCUUCCACUGGUGAGCAUGGCGGUACUCUGAAGCCUGAGUGGCUCUCGGGUACUUCCCUUACCCGCUUCGAUGUCCCCGGUCUUUGCAACCAGAUCUGGGUUGACUCUGAAGGCAUUGCCUGCUCUGAUACCGAUCAGAUGGCCGGCUGCCUGCUCGGUGGUGGCACUGCCAUCAACGCCGGUCUCUGGUACAAGCCCUACACCAAGGACUGGGAUUACCUCUUCCCCUCUGGCUGGAAGGCCAGCGAUGUCGCCGGUGCUACCACCAGAGCCCUCUCCCGCAUUCCGGGUACUAGCACUCCUUCUCAGGAUGGAAAGCGCUACCUUCAGCAGGGUUUCGAGGUUCUUGCCAGCGGCCUCAAGGCGGGCGGCUGGAAGGAGGUUGAUGCCCUCAAGGACAACAACCAGAAGAACCGCACGUACGCCCACACCCCUUACAUGUACAUCGGUGGCCAGCGUGGCGGUCCUCUGGCGACUUAUCUCGUCAGCGCCAAGAAGCGCAGCAAUUUCAAGCUGUGGCUCAACACCGCCGUCAAGCGCGUCAUCCGUGAGGGUGGCCACAUCACCGGUGUUGAGGUCGAGGCCUUCCGCAACGGCGGCUACUCGGGUAUCAUCCCCGUCACCAAGACCACCGGCCGCGUCGUCCUCUCUGCCGGCACCUUCGGCAGCGCCAAGAUCCUCAUGCGCUCCGGCAUUGGCCCCAAGGACCAGCUCGAGGUCGUCAAGGCCUCGGCCGACGGCCCUACCAUGAUCAGCAACUCGUCCUGGAUCAACUUGCCCGUCGGCUACAACCUGGACGACCACCUUAACACCGACACCGUGAUCCAGCACAACAACGUGACCUUCUACGACUUCUACGAGGCCUGGACCAACCCCAACACCACCGACAAGAACCUGUACCUCAACGGGCGCUCCGGCAUUCUCGCCCAGGCCGCGCCCAACAUCGGCCCCAUGUUCUGGGAGGAGAUCACGGGCGCCGACGGCAUCGUCCGUCAGCUGCAGUGGACCGCCCGCGUCGAGGGCAGCUUCGAGAUCCCCAACGGCUACGCCAUGACCAUGAGCCAAUAUCUCGGCCGUGGCGCCACCUCGCGCGGCCGCAUGACCCUCAGCCCUACCCUCAACACCGUCGUCUCCGACGUCCCCUACCUCAAGGACACCAACGACAAGGCGGCUGUCGUCCAGGGUAUCGCCAACCUCCAGAAGGCUCUUUCCAACGUCAAGGGUCUUACCUGGGCUUACCCCAGCCCCGGCCAGUCCGCUGCUGAUUAUGUCGACAAGCAACCAGUAACCUACCAAUCCCGGCGUUCCAACCACUGGAUGGGCACGGCCAAGAUGGGCGUCGACGACGGCCGCAGCAACGGCGGCUCCUCGGUGGUGGACACCAACACGCGCGUCUGGGGCACCGACAACCUGUACGUGGUCGACGCCUCCAUCUUCCCGGGCGUGCCGACCACCAACCCGACCUCGUACAUCGUCAUCGCCGCCGAGCACGCGGCCGCCAAGAUCCUCGCGCAGCCCGCCAACGCGGCCGUGGCCAGGUGGGGCCAGUGCGGCGGCUUGACGUAUAAUGGCAGCCAGCUUUGCGCGGCGCCGUAUACGUGCCAGAAGCAGAAUGAUUAUUAUUGGCAGUGCUUGUGA